AUGCAGGAGAUUAUUGACAAGUACGAUUUAGCAGCCCCUCGUGUGGUUGAAGCUGGUCCAACUGGUGGGGCAAUAAAUUCAAGAAGUAAUAACCAGCCAUUGACAAGAGUUCAUUCUAGUUCAAAAUAUGCAAAUUUGAAAGAGAGAGGUAGUUCUUUUGAAAAUAAGAACUGGCCACAGGAACUGCAACAUGUAAAACAACUUCUGACAGGGAAUGGAUUCUUUUGUAAUGAAGACCAUACAGUGGAAUGUUAUACAUGUGGAAUAGAGUGGCCCUUUAAGUCCCUAAAAAGAUUGAAAGGAGAUGAAGAUAUUUGGAAAAAGCAUGCAAGAGAAAAUGGAGAAUGUGGCUUUUUACGUCUGCUCAAAGGUGAUGUGGUUGUUGACAAAGAAUGUGAUGCUGCAAAGCAUGAAAAAGUGAUAAAGAUAAGACACCAGAUUCAAGCAGGGACAAUGACGGUGAACCGGUUACUGGACCAGACUCUGGAUGAUAAAACAGAAAUUGAACUACUGACGAAGUACAUCGAACGUAUGGUUGGUAUGUUGAAAGAGAAAGAUGAUAUCAUUAAAGAGAAAGAUCGUGAAAUAAAUAGCUUGUAUGACUACUGCAGAGAUUUAGAGAAAAAGAUGGACAAGUUAAAGAAAGAGAUCCAUCAGAAAACAAUGGAAGCACAACAACAGGUAUCUCGCUAUCAGAGGGGUAUACGUCCUCUGGAGGCGGAGUUGCAAGAUUCUAAGGAGCAGAAUAGGCAGGUUCUUGAGCAGGUAUCUCACUAUGAGAGAGGUAUAUGUUCUCUGGAGGCGGAGUUGCAAGAUUCUAACGAGCAGAAUAGGCAGGUUCUUGAGCAGGUAUCUAACUAUGAGAGGCGUAUUGGUACUCUGGAGGCAGAGUUGCAAGAUUCUAACGAGCAGAAUAGGCAGGUUCUUGAGCAGGUAUCUAACUAUGAGAGGCGUAUUGGUACUCUGGAGGCAGAGUUGCAAGAUUCUAACGAGCAGAAUAGGCAGGUUCUUGAGCAGCAAUUCAAGAACAUUGAAUUGGUAAAGAUAGAAAAAUAUAUUUGGAAGAAGAGUGCAACUAAUCACAAGGAAGACUUACGCAAACUGAUGGUGCAGACUACAAGGUUAUUUGAAGAGAAGGAAAAGCUUAAGCAAGAGAAAGCUAAACUUGUUGAAAUUUUGAAAAUGCAGACAGAAGUCCACCAAAGGAAAAUUUUGCAACUGGAAAGCCAGUUAGAGCCAAGAACUGUUGCUGUUUCUGCUUGUAUCAAGAUGGGAUAUAGCCAUGAGAAUGUGAUGAGAGCUUCACAGAUUUUUCAUGAAAGACAAGGGUGCACAGCUGAGCAUCUGAUGAGAAUAUUGAUGGAAAUGGAGGAGGAAGAAGAACUUCAAGGGGCAGUUGGUGGUGGUCAAGGUUAAGGAAGUGGAUAAGGAAAGUGUUGAAAAAGGAAGAAAAGUGGAAAUUUAAAACUACCAUCUGCUUCAUGGAUGCAGAUUUCACUUGCAUUUUAAGGGAUUUAUGUUAAAUUAUUCACAGUGAUUGUACUUAAUCAAGAGACAAGGCUUCCUAGCUGUGCAUAUAACCCUUAAUUUGUACUGAUAUUUGAAUUGUUAUACGAAAUGUUGAAAUGAUGCAUAUAGCUUGAAAAUUGUACAGUCAAAGUUUAUUUUGAGUCUGACACUAUAAUUGUGAUGGAUAUAUGUUGAUGUACGAUUAUAUAUUAACAAAAUAUUUUUCUGUACUAACUAAUUACAUCAUUUCAUUAUACAAUGUAGAUAUGAAGUUUGCUUUAAUUGUAAUCAUUUCAACUAUUACAUUAAUCUGAAUUUUGCUGCCAUGGCUUUUUGGCCACUAUGGUAUGUUAAAGUUAAGUUCAAAUGUAAAAGUAAAGAGAAGUUCAAGAAGAUAGUCCUGUAUCUCCACCGAGCAUCAAACUUACUGAGACAGAGAAGUUGUAACCUUCUGUAAUAAUUUCCAGAUGACAACAAGUUGAUGACAAUAUGAAAACCAUAUUCACCUUCUACCGGUGUGAUGAAAAGUUAUUUGUUGAUUAAAGAAGGGAAGUAGACAAUAACUUGUAGAAUCAUGUAAAGAAUAGCGAAGUUUACAAUUUACUGUUGCUGUAUGUAGGAAAGUUGUCAAUUACUUGUUGAUUUAUAAAGAGAAGUUGCAAUGAAGUGGAGAAAAAACAGGUUUGCUCUGGUACAGAACCAAUCAUAUUUAUUACUACCGGGCAGUAAAUGAAAUGGAGUGAAACUUAACACCAUAACCAAAACUAAAAAGCAAAAAAAAAAUCAGUCAGAUGUCGACCAGGAUUUAAUUUGUAAAAUCCUUGCUAGUUAUGUUAAGCAAGUUUACAUGUUAACAUUUUCCAUGAAAAAAAAUCCUUCAGCUCCUUUCUGGUCAUUUUGUUUGGAGAAUGUUCUAUAAGAAGAAAUGUUCAUGCAAAAAUAGUUUGGAUUUUUAGACAGGGCUGAAUUGCAUCUCUGUAGUAUGAACAGGACAUGAAGUAUUGAUGUUUCGGUGGAGAUACAAGAUUGUAGUGAGUAAUGCCGUCUCAAUAAGCUAGUCUGAACAUAAACAGGAUUAUAAGUGAUAUUUUGUACAGGCUAGAAAAAUUAACAAUAUGAAUAAGAUUUUUUUUGUACCAAUUUUCAUAAAGUACAUCACUUUCAGUAUGCUGUGACAACACGUGCAUUUUAAACAAUAAUUUUUAAAUGUAAUCAUUUGUUAGUGUUGCUUAAAGGUAUAAAUAAACUCAAUACUUAAAAAUGUGUUGGGGAGACUUUAUGACUUGUUCAGAGUAUAUUUAAGCUGUAAUUAUGACCUCCCUUGUGAUGAAAAAAUAAAGAAAAGGCAAGGUACACUCUUCAAAAGUGUAUUUUUUCAUGUAAUGCCUUUAUUUGUUGCAUCGUUAUUCAGGUUGUUUUAUAUGCAAACUAAUCUUUUUGGAUGACAAAUUUAAGGAUACAGACUUGUUCUUUUUAGACAUUAUGAAAAUAUGCAUUGUAUAAUUAUCAGCAAUAAAGCAAAAUUAAGGAAAUUUUUUACUAUUUUAUGUUCAGAAAUAAGUUUUGAAUGGCAAAAUAUAGAGGAGAGAACACUCUGAAAAAAUACAAAAUGUAUGAACAUGUAGUUAUUGACACUUGUUAUUGUGGUAAAGACACUUGUUAUUGUUAUUAAGUGUAUUUAUGACAUGUUGGUGGAAGAUUCUAGUUUGAUGUUAGAUAUAAUGUUUCAGGUUCUUUAUAUUUGAGCCGCGUCGUGACAAAACUAACAUAGUGUGUUUGCGACCAGCAUGGAUCCAGCCGGGCAGUCUGAUCAGGAUCCAUGCUGUUCGCUAUCAGUUUCUCUACUUGUUAUACGGUCUGUAAGCGAACAGCAUGGAUCCUGAUCAGACUGCCCGGAUGCACAGGCUAGUCUGGUUCCAUGCUUGUUGCAAACGCAUUACGUUGGUUUUGUCAUGAUGCGGCUCAUAUUAUACUUAUUCUAUCUUGAAAAGCACAAUGAAGAAUUACCUGUGAGGUAAAGUAAUUUUCAGCCUAAUUUAUUUAUUUAUUGAAAAACACUUUACAUUGCAGAAUUUUCUUGUGUAAUAUGUAAUAUUAUAUGAUGAAAUACAACUUACUGGGAUCUUUUUACCAUAUAUAUUACAUAUACAUAAUUGAGAUAACAUGUUUAAGUAACUUGAAAGCUGUGUUAAGAAUGAAUUAUGAAAUUCAAUAUAAGUGUUUGAUGGCCUAUAUGAUUCAUGCUUUUUGUUUUUUUAUGGAGUAUAAACAAAAACAAAAAAGAUUCUAGCAUAAAAUGCAAUGUUCCCUUAUUUGUAAAGUGUGUUAAUUUAAAAGCAAGAUACACAUGUAUUGAGGAAGUA